UCGAGUAGGCCUAAUACGCUACUUGCACAGAGUUGGUUGGUGGUUGCACUAGUAACUAAUUUAGUCUGGACCUCGCCGCCAAUCUCUCACCAGAGGGCGUAUUACGCUGCGCUACAACACCUCUGUCAACGUCUGAAUGUCAAGAUUCUUGGCAAAACUUAUUUCUACCUAUUGCAUUUUAAAAAUUAAUUUUGCCAAUACAACCACCAAUAGGAUGUGUAUGUACGUUACGUAUGACAUGGGGGAUGAUAUAGUUUCAAUAGACAGAAAUUCGAUAUGUGAAGCGGACAUUGAAUGUUCCGUACAAUAUAACAUCACUACGUCAGGCCUACCAUAGGUCCUGCACACUGGCGGAUGUCCGACAUGUCUGAUAUAGUUUUAGGAGGUGGGGAGGAGGUCUUUCGGUUUCAUUGCCAGCUCAGCUUCCACCGACUCCAAACCGGCGUUUUCGUCUCAGUGCCCAGACACCCUCACCCUUUUCUACUUAAUUCAAGAAUUUUUCAAUAUCUUCAUAAUGGGCUGCAGGAAAUCCAAGAACGUUGAACCAACAACUGGGGAAGUGUCUCAGACAACCACGGCUAAUGAUCAAGUCAAGGCCUUAGCUGGAAAGCUGAAGGCUGAGGUGGAAAAAGAAUAUGGAAAGGAACUAGAAACAUUUGAAGCCGUUUCUUUCAGGCAACAGGCCGUGGCGGGAAAGCUCUACUUUAUAAAAGUUAAUGUUGGAGACGAGUACAUCCAUCUAAGGGUUUACGAUCCCAUUCCCAAAGAAUCCGAAAAAGCAGCAGCCAGUGCAUCAUCAGAUCAGAAAACAGAAUCAGCAGAGGAAAAGAAAGAGGAAUCCUCAGAAGAAAAGGGCGAGUCAUCAGAAGAAAACGGAGAAGGUUCAGAGGAGAAGAAAGAGGAAACUGAUGGAAAUGCAGAUUCAUCCGAGGAGGCAAAGGGAGCUGAAACUCAGACAACGGAAGAGAAAUCCACUGCCAAACUAGAAGGUUUACAGAAGGGAAAGAAACUGGAGGAUGACAUCGCUGAGUUUGAAACAACUGAAGAACCUAGUGAGGAAAAGGAGGAAGUACCAGAAGAACCUAAAGAGGAACCCAAGGAGGAAGAACCCAAAGAGGAAGCACCUAAAGAGGAAGAACCCAAAGAGGAACCGAAGGAAGAGGGUGGUAGUUCUCUCAUAUCAAUGGUAAAAUCCGGGGCUUCCGAUGUAGCAGGAGGACUUGGCUUUUGAUCGACCUUUCUUUCUAUGCUAACGAGUUUACAUUUCCAUCAAAUUCAAAACAAGAUGCCGUGUGAAUACAUGUAUAGACGUUCAUGUCAAAAUACAUUUUGCGAGAUUUUGUGUAACGGUAUACCCACACAGAAACAUUGAUAUGUAUACUGUUGUCAUUGGUCAAUAAAAAUCUAGAUAUCCAUACA